UCCCAGAUAAACAGACAGACAGAGACUCAGUCAUCUUCAUCUUCAUCAUUAUCAUCAUUUAGAGAGAGAGAAAGAGAGUAAGAGAAAGAAAAAAAAUCCAUACAGAAUCUUUUCAGAACUUCGAGUGUCCAGAACUGUUCUGAAAUUUUGAUCUUCGAAACAAACGAAACUUUUUCUUCUUCUUCUUCUUGUGCCUUAAUAACAUUUUCUAUCACAACAAUUAACUUAAUCUUCAUCAAACUGAUCACGUCUUCAUCCAAAUUGUUAGUAAAUUAAUAUUUAAAUUUCGCAAUUUACCACAAUCAACUAAUCAGUUGACAAACGAAAAAGGAGAAAAAAAGUUUACAUUCAUAUCGUGUAUUUAAACAUCAAACAAUUAAGCCAAAAUCAUAUCGAGUUAAUUAAUUUGAUUAUCCAUCAAUUGAAUCUAAAUCUUUUUUUUUUCUUGCAAUUAACAAUCAAAAUUAUCAUUUCUAUUUAAAAGUGAUUACCAAAUAUAGUAAACCAAUUAACCAAUAUCAAGGGCAAUAGUUAAUAAUGAAUAAACCAUAAUCAUCAUAAUACAAUUUAAUUACAUUCUCAUUUAAUUGUGUUUCGUUUUCCAUUUGAAUUUGAUUAAUUGUGAUUUUCAAAUUGUUUGUGUUUCUAAUUUGAUUUUUUGAUUGUUUAAUCAUCAUAAAAGUAUAAUGUCAUGAGUUUAACUAAUUGUUUCACUCAUUAUGAAUACGUAUCAUGAUAAUCAACAACCAUUACUGUUAAUUAUUAACUUAUUGGAAAAACAAUUAAAGUUAAUUGUCAAUCGAUUAGUUCAAUUCUAUUGGUAUCAUCAUGUAUGGUAUGGUAACAUCCCACUCGGCAGGUCGUAAGGUCAAAAGUAAAAAUAAACGGCAACAAGAACGGGAUUUGAUCAAAUCGUUUCGAGAUGCUGCCGAUUCUGAGGCCACUUUUUAUUCACGAUGUUUAAAGUUUGUUAAAAAUACUUGGUACGGAAUUAAAACUCUUGAAGAAGAGCGGGACUUUGAUGAUCUCGAUGGACAACAAGUUCAUAUUAAACCAGAACCGAUUGAAGUAUUAUGCCAAUUGACUAAAUUCAGUAAACAAGAACUUCAAAUCAUGUACAGAGGAUUUAAACAGGACUGUCCAUCGGGAGUGGUCAAGGAGGAUAUGUUUAAGGUCAUUUAUGCUCAAUUUUUUCCUCGAGGCUCCGAUCCAAGUUCUUAUGCACAUUAUGUAUUCAAUUCAUUUGAUCCUGAUCACACUGGAUCAAUAACAUUCACGGAUUUUGUCGUUGGACUUUCGGCUCUUGCUCGAGGAAGUGUUCAGGAUAAACUACGAUGGGCUUUCAAUCUGUACGAUCUCAAUGGUGAUGGUGUUUUAACGAAAGACGAAUUUUCCUUAAUUGUUUCCGCUGUUUACGAUCUGAUGGGUAAAUCAGUUGAAUUUGUUCUUGAUGGUAAAGAGCAAACAGAAAGAGUGUUCAGGAAAUUCGAUCAAAAACAAAAAGGAACUAUCAAUUUACAAGAAUUCAUCGAUUCUUGUCUUAAAGAUGAAUCAAUUACUAAAUCAUUGGCUGCCCUUGAUACAAUCUUUUGAUUGAUUGAUUGCUUGAUUGGUUAUCAAUACAUCAUACAGACUCUGGUGGUGAUCAACUAAUUCCAGUGACAAUUAAACAUUUUCAUUUGUUAAACAGAUAAAUCAUCAAUUGGAUUAACUGAUUGCUGGAGGAAAACAAAAAACGAUUAUGAUUAUCAGUUGGAAUCAAAUCUUAAAAUUGAAAUCUAAUUACUAAGUUGAUUAGGAGAAUUGAUCAGACUAAUUGUAAUUUAAUUGUAAUGGAGAAAUGACUAAAUGACAAUUGGAAUUGUUUCUUUCUUUACUUUAAUUGUUUGGGACAAUUAACCAAUUAUUAAAUUUUGUUAACAACACAACAACAAAAAAAACACAAAAUAAAUCAAAACAAUUUACAUGAUAAUCAUUUUCACAGGGAAUCAGAAAAUGAUUUAAUAUAUUCAGUUAUUAAUAAACUAAAUUUAAUCCUCAACAAUUAACUGUAAUAAAAAAUGACACUUUUCACAACAAUUGAAUUAAAUAUAUAAUAUACAAUCAACUCGAAAGAAAAAAGUUUUAAUCAAAUUGAUUGUAACUCUAAUACAAUUUAAUUGGAAAUAAAUUAAAAUGAGAACAAAAA